CAACUUUCAGCAAUGCAGAGGGCGACAAGCAGCGGAAGCACUGUCGUGGAGUCCUUGAGGCUCGCACAUGAGAAUGGGUUUCUGUCGUGGACACGCAACUGCGUCAUCACUACGGUGGCAGCGGCUGCAUUCUACAACAUCGACCCGAUGGCAUCAUCAGGCCUGUUUGCCAUGAGCUCCGUGUUCAUGUACGCGGGAACGUUCCAGUAUUGGGCGCAGGCCCGCCGCAUCCACCAGCAGACGCCGUUCACCCGGCCCGCGCUCGCUGUCAUAGGCGUUGUGCCAACCACGCUGGCGGCGUGCUGGACGCUGGCAAUCUUCUCCAUCCUCGACAAGACGCCUGAUCGCGUGGCGAACAUGGUCCCGAUGGUCAUGACGCGGCUGAAUCGAGCCCCUGCAUCCAGCAGCGCCGCUUCCUCCUCUCCGCACAGCAGUCCCCACGCCGUCGCACACAUCGGGCAAUCCACCCUGCCGUCACCACCGCCGUCACGAAAGUCAACAUCGCCACUGCUCGCUGGUGUUGAGGUCGAUCCAAUUCGCCAGCAGCAGAUGAUUGUCGAGCUGGUCGCUGCGCGCCAUCAAGCCCAGCGCCGCCUCGAUGCUCUCCAGCACACGCACGACCCCUCCUCCGGCAUGUCAUCGUCGUCACCAUCGUCGUCCGCUGCGCGCGUGUCUCGGAAGACGGAUGCACUCCGCUCGCGUCUGGAGGUGAUCGACUUUGCGCUGCGAGAUCUGGGCGUGGAUCCGGAGACGACGAGGAAAUCAGAGGAUGGCUCCAACCCGUAACCCUGACACAUACAUAAUCAUGACACGUGAUGCUCACACGACUCGGUUGAACGCUACGUCCUUGGUGCAGCGGUGCAAUUCCUUACCUGCCACACGUAUCGCUGACACGCUGCCCCCCUCCCACCGCGCUCUGUUACCCGCGGUGUUGAGUUGUUGCACACACGUAUGCAUGCAUGCAUGCACACACUGCGGGCUUAUUGAACUCCUGACUUAAUUUCCCCCUCCUUACAAACGUGACCAUCCCUAUUUCGUUAUGUAACCAAGUACGCGUUUCGUGUGAUGUGACGUUGGCGUGUGUUCCAUCACGGUUUUGCCCCUUCCAUCGCUUCACAUCAGUUAUCCGCGUGCACGUGCCACGCGCGCGUGUGUGUUUCAUUUUCAUUGUCUUCCGUUGAAGCGACAGAAACACACGUCGGCAAUGCAAGCGAGUAACAAG